GGUUGGCCAGCCGAGCAUAUAACCAGCGGGGAAGUGGUAGGGACAUCCCGUGGCAUGGCCCAGUACAGUCCAAGCACUUGAUAGCACCACUAGGUUUAUCCAAACACCAGCACAAUGACAGCCCCGCGCCGGUCCCUUUUCACCGUAGUCCAGAGUUGUCCUCCGCUGCCUCGCCUCAUUCGUCGCGAGCACCACUCUGGGGACUCCACAACGACUCCAGCAUGGCCACGCACGGACCUUAACGAACUGGUCAUUUGGUCUUCCUUCGACGAUGAAAUCCGGAGGACGCAAACCACGCUCCAAGCCAUCUUCAUCGCACCGAACUUCGCUCUUGAUAUUCCAACAAUCAGAAAAGUCGGAGACGAAACCCACGUUCAAGGAGUCAUAGAAAAUACUAUUCUGUCCGUCGUAGAGAAUGUCGCACGCGAAAUUGUUUCCGAGCCCGAUUUCAGUUGCAGCAUUGCAGGCGUCCCUGGGUUGCUACUAGAUCCGGACUUCAUCUUUGCGUCACAAGCAACUCCCAAGGCAAAACUAGUGGGAGAAGUGAAAACGCCUUGGGCUUUCGGCGCUUCCCGGAACCUAGUUCAGGAUUGGCACGAUAGCCGCGGCACCAGGAACAAAACUGUGCGUGCGAUUGAGCAGGUGUAUGGCUAUCUGACGUUCAAUAACCUUCGAUACGGUGUCCUCACAACGUACGAGACUACCUGGUUCUUCAAGCGCACAUGCUCUCCCCAAGGCGGUCGACUAGAAGUAACUGCUCCGUUCCGAUAUGAGUCGACCCCGCAACUCAUAUUCGCUUAUACGACGAUUGUGCGUCUCGCGGACGAGCAUUGGUUGCACGCAUCGCCAACCUCCUCCCCCGGCCCGGCAUCGCCAAUCGUUCGGCGAAGGACUCAACCUUCCAAUCCCGAUCCUCAUUUACUACAAACGGCGGCACCUCCAUCCGACAUCCACCUCACGCAAGGGGUCGACCGCAGCCGUGUAGGGGGUAUCGUUCGAGGGAAUUAUCGGGGCCAGCCGGUCAUCUUCAAAACCGUGGACGUUAGCAAGCAUCGCGCUCUGACUCAGGAACUUGAUCACGAAGUUACCGUGUAUCAAGCAAUCGCCCACCUUCAGGGAGACGCUGUGGUUAGAGUGAUUGCCUAUGUCGAAGUGUGGGAAAUGCUUCGCCUACUGGUGUUGGAGGACCAUGGCGUCAAUUUGUGGAUGUAUGAACAGCAAGGCGGGAAAGCAUCUGUACUGAAAACAAAGUGUCGAGAAUGUCUCCAGAAGGUUCACGCCACCGGAUACCUUCACGGAGAUAUACGAUUGCCAAACUUCUUGGUAUCAAACGGCGUGGUGCGGCUGGUCGAUUUCGGCCAAGCCAAGCAAUCUACCGUCAGAGAAGAGUUCAUAGCGGAGAUGAGGGAGCUGAAUCCGUUGUUUUCGUAAACCCUCCUUUAUGGAGCAGGGUUAGGGUUUACGAAAACAACAAUUCCAGCUCCCUCAUCUCCCGUGCUACUCCCGUUCGCCGGUUUUUUUCUUGGUUGUGACGUCGA